AUGAUCAGAAGUUGUACAGUGAAGCAAUUCAACUUUAACAUCAUCGUGGUUGGUGCUGGCAUCAGUGGGCUGGCCACCGCAAUCUCGUGCUCAUUGUCAGGCCAUCGCGUCACAGUAUUCGAGGCUGCAAAAGAGCUUGGCGAGGUCGGUGCAGGCCUGCAGAUCACACCGAAUGCCUCCUGGAUACUCAAAGAAUGGGGCGUCCCAGACAGUCUUUGGAAGCUGGCUGCAGAGCCUACGUGUCUUGCCGUACACCGUUACUCUGAUGGCAAAAUCCUUGCGAUGGAGAAAGACUUUGGUAAAAAGAUAAGAUCUAAAUACCGAGCUCCCUUCGUCGCCUUACACCGGGCCGAUCUCCACAAGGCCUUGUACGAGCGGUCACACCAGCUGGGGGUAGAAGUCCAGCUCGGGCAAAAGGUCGUGCAGAUCGAUUUUGACCAAACCAUGAUUGUUACAGAGUCUGGUUUGACAGCUAAAGCCGACCUCGUAGUGGCUGCCGACGGUCUCUGGUCGCAGUGUCGACAGUGCUUCCUGGGUGUUGAAGAACCACCCCUGCCAACCGGCGAUCUGGCGUACAGAAUACUCUUGCACCUGGAUGAUAUCGAUGAUACCCAACUAAGAGAAUGGGUUAGUAAGCCUGCGGUUCAUUUCUGGAUCGGACCAGAAGCGCACGCUGUGGGCUAUUCUCUUCGGGCAGGUAACAUGUAUAAUAUUGUCCUCUUGGUUCCUGAUGACCUGCCUGAGGGAGUCAAACGGCAAACUGCCUCCGUGGACGAAAUGAGAGCCUUGUUUAAAGGGUGGGACCCUAUUCUUGGAAGGUUCCUGGACAUGGUAAAGAAGGUAGACAAGUGGAAGCUAAUGCACCGAACCGAGCUCCAAAACUGGGUCAACUAUGAGGGGGAUUCGUGCCACCCAAUGCUGCCCUAUCUUGCACAAGGGGCCAAUUCCGCUAUUGAAGAUGGCGCAGUUCUUGGGCGCCUCCUCGGCAAGAUCAAAAGCAAAGACCAACUUCCGAGCGCUCUGAAGAUGUACGAAAGACUUCGGAAAAGCCGAGGGGAGGCCAUCGUGAAGGAAGCUUUCAAACAGCGCGACGCAUUCCACAUGAAAGAUGGCCCUGGACAGCAAGCUCGCGAUGAACUGUUUCUUUCACAGCUGGGGAAAGAGAUCCAGGCACCAUUUCCGAGCCGCUGGACUUGUCCCAACGUCCAACGUUGGUUGUAUGGAUACAACAUCAACAAGGAGCUGCAAGAAGCAACAAGGAGGGGGUUUUCUAAGCUUUAG